UCACUGCGCAUGCUCUGUAUAUUCCGCCGCACGGGCAGUCUGGUGUGGGCGCAAUCUUGAAAGUGGUCGUUUUCUUUUUCUCGUCUUCAUAAACAGGAUAUUUGAAGAGGAUUUGCAUUUCGGAAACUCAAAACAAACAACACAUCAAGAUCUGACAGUGUCACUUGAUUCACUAUUUAUUCAGCACUGGAUAUUAUUGGUCUUUGAAUGAUGCUAGAAGGUGAAGAUUUGCAGACAGAAAUCACAAAACAAACAUCAUGUGCGGAUAGUGAUUAAAUUAACCAGAACUUGAAUAACCAUUGAUGGAGAAAUGUCCAUUUGUUCUGUCUGCAUCGAAUGUUUAAAGUCAAUUUGACUGGAAAAGCACUGUGACACACCCUCUUACCCCAAGUAAGAGUCUUCCAGUGAACCGACUCUGGAAAAAACUUUAAUCGGUGACGCAGCCUAAAAAGCAUCAUACCAUUCACAGCAGGGAGACACCAUACCCAUGCUCCGUGUGGAUGAGGCUUCAGCUGAUUAUUGAACACUCAGAGACACAGCAACACCAAUAACAUGGAGAAACCGUGGAAGUGUGAGGACUGUGGGAAGGGAUUUCAUUCACUGUCAGCACUAGAAUUUCAUCGACGUGGUCACAGCAGGGAGAGGCCAUUGACCUGCUCUGAAUGUGGAAAGGAAUUCCCUAAUUCGUCUGCCCUUCGGAAACAUCAACGUGCUGCCACUGGAGAGAGGCCUUUUGCCUGUUCCGAGUGUGGGAAGAAAUUCAGGGAAUAUUUCACCUUGUUGAGACAUCAGCGAGCCCACACUGGGGAGAACCCAUCCACCUGCUCGGAGUGUGGGAAGGUAUUCACUCAGUUAUCCAGCUUGCGUGCACACCUGCGAGUUCACUCCGGGGAGAGACCAUUUAGCUGCUCUGAUUGUGGAAAGGAAUUCAUUCAAUUAUCACAUCUGAGGAAACAUGAGCAAAUUCACACUGGGGAGAGACCAUUCAAGUGCUCCAACUGUGGGAAACAAUUCAGAGAUUCAUCUGGCCUACAGGUACACCAGCGAGUGCAUACUGGGGAGAGGCCAUUCAUCUGUUCCGAGUGUGGGAAAGGAUUCAUUCAGUCAUCACAUCUGCGGAAGCAUAAGCAAAUUCACAAGUGAAUACAGGAUCUGCUGUGAAUCAGCAACAACAUCCGUUCUGUUAGAUAGCACCUUCGAAAUUCUAAACCGCUGAAAUGUAGAAGAACAAGGGCAACAGUUACCUGAAAAUAUCCCUCCACGUCGCACACCAUCAUCACUUGGAACUAUAUUGGCUGUUCUUUCACUGUCGCUGGGUCAAAAUCCUGGAACUCUUCUCUCACAGCAUUGUGGGUGUCCCUACACCACAAGGACUGUAGUCCCAGAAGGCAGCUUCUCAAGCAAGACAAUUCAGGAUGAGCAGUAAAUGCUGACAUAGAUAUUGAUACUAUACCCCAUGAAUUGAUUUAGAAAUGAGCGAAAAUGACAUCCAGGACUGAGCCAUGUUCAUUUUGACAGUGGGUAAAGUAGAAGGGUCAGAAGGUUUCUUUCUGCUGGACUGGCUGCUCUCACCACUUUGCUUCCAGUAAGGCUGAUGCUGUUUGAGCCUGGGAUUGCACAUUCCUGCCAAAAUGAUUCCCAAAAGCUGUGAAGGACAUUUCUCCUGCACGGCCAAUAAUGUUUUUCUUCCCACUACAAAAUCUGACAUAAAUACAUAUAUUCAUCCCAUUGAGUCUGCAGCACAGGGCUAGGCCAAUCGGCUCAAUUGGUCUCUGUCAGUAUUUAUGGUCCAUGUGAGACUCCACCCUCCACUCUUCCUCUCACCCAUCAGCAGAUCCUUCUGUUCCAUUCUCCGACAUGAAUGUGUCCAGCUGCUACCCUGCUCCUUCUCAGGGGUUGAGGCUGAGUGUUUGGAAGAUUCUGACAAAUUCUGGUCAGUGUGUAGGUGUAUAAAAUCCCUCUCCUUCAGUUCAUGCCUUUCACACUAUCUUCAUAUAGAAGCCAGAAUCUUUGAGAGAUUCCCUCUCAGUCUCUUGUUUUUUUUUGUUGGACGUCAAUUAUACAGGAUAUUAGAAGGGGAAGAUUUAAAACCAAAUAUCACACAAAGAUUUGAUGGAGUCAUUCAGUUUAUCACAAAUGGAAUGUCGUCAGGUUUUGAACAUGGAUGGAAAAAACCUCGUUCACAGUGGAGAGAAACCGUACGUGUGUGUGUGUGUGUGUGUGUGUGGAGUAGGCUUCAGCCAAUCAUCAGACUCCACAAACCACAAAUGCAGUCACACUGGGCAGAAACUGUGGAAAUAUGUGGAUUGUGGGGAGGAAUUUGUUUUCCAAUCUGAGCUGGAAACACAUUGCAGAUGCACCAGUAGCAGGCCAUCCACCUACUCAGUAUGUGGGAAGGAGUUCACUCAGUCAUCUAACCUGCUGCAACAGCAACUCGGUCACGCUGAGGAGAGAUUAUUUCAAUGCCUGGAUUGCUGGAAGUGCUGUAAGAAUCCCAGGAGGCUGUUGUGCCAUCAAUGUGUUCACACUGCAGACAGAUCUUUUAAAUAUCCAGACUGUCAAAAAUGCUAUGAAACGUCCAGGGACCUGGAGUCCCACCAAUUUGCUCACACAGAGGAGAGACCUUUUAAAUGCUCAAACUGUGUAAAGUGCUUUAAAAUCUCCAGGGACCUGAUAUCCCACCAUGUUCACUCUGAGGAAAGACCAUUCAUGUGCUCUCUCUGUGGGACUGGGUUCAGGCGACCAUCUGAACUCAUGGAGCACCAACAGGUACACACUGGGGAGAGACUGUUCUGCACCAGGUAUGGGAGGGGAUUUACUCGGUCGCCCAACCUACUGAGACACCAGCCUGUUCACGUUGGGAGAGAUUUUUGUUUGGGAACUGCAACUACAAGCUCCUGGGGACUGACUUAUCAAUGUGUUCACACUGAGGAGAAACCUUUUAAAUUCUCAGACUGUGGGAAGUGUUAUUGAAUUUCUGUGGAACUGAUGUCCCAUCAAUGUGUUCACAUGACGACAGACCUUUCAGGUACUUUCAUUGUGGGACUGUUUCCAGACGAUUAUCCCAACUCUCAGGACACCAGCGAGUUCACAUUGGAGAGAAACCAUUCACCUGCGCCGUGUGUAAAAAACAGUUAGCUCACUCAUCUACCCUACUGAGACAGCAGAGAGAUCACACAUCUCAACAGUGAUUGGACUUUGCUGUUAAUCACAUCCAGAAACUGAAAGCAAUGUUUAAAUUUUCAGGAUAAAAGUUAAAUAAAUCAGCUUUGUGUUAAAUACACUGUA